CUCGCGGUGCGCAAAUUCUGCCUUACAGUCUUGAAAUUUACAUUUGAAAGGUUUGAGCAUUAAAUGAAUACGAUUAUGUACAGUAAGUUGACCUUUUGUGCGAAAUUUCUUUUGACAAAAACUACAUACAUAAUUAAGCUCGGCACUGUGGACGGUCAAGUGAACUUUUAAACUUCCAGCUGAAUGAUAAUAAUUACCACAAUGCUCACAUUUGUAAAUUGGAUUGCUUCCACAAUUGCUUCUUUCAUGAUCAGAUAGAGCAACUUUUGUAUUAAAAUUACGUCCACAAACUGUGCAGACAAAGGAAUACUUCUUAGGUUGAUACUUUUUCUCGGAAUGUGAAUAUUUCUUAUGACUAAACAGCUUUUCAGGAUGAUCAAAUCUUUUCUGACAGUCUUCAAUAUCACAAACUAGACGAUCAGCAUGUGACUCAAAUUGAUGAUUUUCCAUUUCAUCGAUAGUACAAAAAUAUAAGGAACAGCAUGUACAUUUGUGGAUUAAAUUGCCAUCUUUGCCAUGAACUUUUUCAUGUUUUUCAACUGUUUUGGCACUUGUGUAUUUUUUUGGGCAAUAUUUGCACUUCCAAACCUGAUUUUUUUGUGGUUUGCGGUAACGAUUCGCAUUAUCGUAAUUAAAGCUAUUUAUGACUAUUUUGUGUUCCUUUUUCAAGUGCUUAAUACUAAUAUUUCUUUUUGAAUAAAUUUUUGGACACAAUUUGCAUUGAAACUGCUCAUUAGCUAUUGUUAGGUACUGUAAUAUUUCAUUUGCAUCGUCAAUAUUGUUGCUUGAAUUUUCCAUAUUAGUCUUUAUUUCAGGAUUCUUUCCUUCAUAGUCCUCAUCUAAAUAUUCAGAUCCAUCAGUCAAUUCCUCAACAAUCAUUUCCUGUUCAUUGUCGAUAUACUGUUCUUGUUCCUGUAUGUUUCUCAUAUCAAAUGUCAUAAAGUCAAAAACUUCCAUUUCCUUUUUAGUAAAGUCGUCCUUCAUACUCUGUAUAUCAGCUUCUGUUGGAUUUUGACAUUCUGCUAUGACAAUAUAUUGAUGGUCAUUGUAUGGUAGUUCCUGAUUUUCUUCUUGGACCAAAACAAUCUCGUUUUGGAUAUCGGAAGUUAUUAUCUGAUUUACUGGAUCUUGUUGAACAUUCAAUGAAUCGGAAUCAACGAUUAUCACAGGUGCCUUUCCUUUAAUACAUUUUACACCAGCACGUUUGCAAAUUUUUUUAUUUGUAAAUAUAGGAAGUCCACAAGUGUUUGGUCGCACCUUUCGAUGUUUAAUUAAAUUGCCGACACAAGAAAAAGUUUGAUUGCAAUUCUCACAUGCAUAUGGCUUGAUUUUAGUAUGGACUGUGCUGUGUGUAACUAAUGUCUCUCUAUGACUGAAUGCCUUAUUGCAUAUCUCACAAAUAAAUGGCUUUUCCUUAUUAUGACUUCGUUCGUGAACUGUAAGCUGUCCUUUACUAGCAAAUGAUUUCCCACAAUGACUGCACACGAACUUAUUACUCUCUUGAUGUAUAGACUUGAUAUGCGUCUUUAAUGAGUGAAUUGUAAGGAAUUUAGACUCACAAAUGUCACAAAUCUGUGGACAGAAUUGAUUUAGAAUUAGAAACAUUAUCUUGAAAUUUCAUUUUCCAUCUUACGUGAUUUUUCUCCGUUGAACAUCGUGUUUCUGUGUGAAUUUUGAGAUUGUAUAAUGAGCUUAAGGAUAUACCACAUUUACGGCUGAAAAAUGGCUAUCAAAAAAUUGAAGAAUUACAAUUUAAAGGCUUUUAAGCUGAUAAUAGCUAGUGUAUCGACUGGAAAUGUUGGUCAACUUACAGCAGAUCUCUUGAUUAACUCAUUGAAAAUGGAAAAGUUUGCUUUGUUCUAUCAUACAGCGAUUAUUCCAAUUAUUGGACCGUCGGCUUUUAAUGAGGAUGAAAAUGAGCUCUCUAUUUCUAGUGAAUUUUUUGUUUCUGAAAGCAACAAGAUUCUAAUAUUACAAAUAAGAAGCCCAAUUACUUCUUAUUACCUAGAAAGUCUAUGUGAAACAAUUAUCGAUUUUGUUAAGACUGAAGAAAUUAGUGAGAUUAUUCAACUGUCUUCAGCAUUCAGUUAUGAGCAGCAUUUUGUCCAAAACAAUCCUUUUGAGUUUGUUGCUAGUGCCAAUUAUACAGUCAGUGAAAAUCUUACAGCUAAUUUCAACAAAUCGUCAAAUUUACAGAUUCCAGGAUGUGGAAUAGCUAUAAAGCUUCAUAAUUUAGCCACAAUAAAACAAAUUCCAUCAUUAAUAGUAUAUAAAUAUGUCAGUGAAGGUGAUAACAUGUUUGAUUCAAUGCAGUUUGCAGAGAAAUUUAACAAGUUGCUGGAUACGCCAAUAAUUGAAAAGGAAGGAAGAGCUGAUUUAAAAAUCCCUAUAAGCUGGAAGCAUCUGUUUGGUCAUGAUGUUAAUCUUGAUAUUUAUUAAAAUUGUAUUAUAUCUUUGAGGCGAUGGAAAUAAAAUUAAUGCUUUAAUAAAAAUCUCAAUUUUUUAACGGA